AUGGGAAUCCAAGUUGCGCCAAUCGGAAGGAACCUCGUGGACGAGUUCUGGAAUGAUCGACCUCCACUUCAAUCUGAAAGUCCUAUUGUACUGACACCAGAGGAACACGGGCGUUGUGUAAAUGACAAGCUGAUGGAUUUGCGCAAACGGAUUACGCAGAAGAAGUGCGAUUCUAUUAUUCUUUCCGCUCUCGAUGACAUAAUGUGGUUACUCAACAUUAGAGGAUUCGACAUUCAAAUACAACCCGUUGGCGUAUUCAUAUGUACUGGUAACACCUAA